GGAAACGGUAACUGGAGGAGAGGAGAUAUAGCAACGUAGGCGUAUCCGCGUGUCCACUGGAUUGUGGAUGUGAUUGAUCUAAGAAAAUAUAACUGUUUUAACGAUUUUUGACGAAGUUGUGUGUUUUGUUUGGUGGGUUAAAGCUUACAGCUAUAGCUACAGUCGACACGCGAUUCAACCACGACGACUACAUCCCACCUAUCCGUCUGAAACAUCUCUCACCCUCACCCAUCACAACCACCACCAAAACCCACCCGCAAAACAAAAUGCCACCAACCGCCCUCCUCGCUUCCAAAACCGCCGCCAUAACCGGCGGCACCACGGGCAUCGGUCGGGCCAUCACAUUAGGAUUCCUCGCCCAAGGCUGCAACGUCGCCGCCAACCAUCUCGGUCUCGCUUCCGACGCUUCACUGCUCGCCUCCUUGAUCGAGGAGGCGAAGGCGCUGAAGGAGAAAGAUGCCGGUGCUGGGGAGUUGAUGGAGGUGCAGGGUGAUAUCUCCCUUCCGGAGACGGGGAAGGAGCUGGUGAGGAAGACGGUGGAGAGGUGGGGGGGGUUAGAUGUUUUUGUGAGUAAUGCGGGGGUUUGUAAGUUUGCUGAGGUUUUGGAUAUGGAACCGGAUCUUUUUGCCUCAACAGUAAACAUCAACCUCAACGGCGCCUUCUACGCCUGCCAAGCCGCCGCCCGCCAAAUGGCCACACAAGGUCGCGGCGGUUCCAUAAUCGGGAUGUCCUCCAUCUCCGCCCUCGUCGGCGGCGGUCAACAAGUGCACUACACACCCACCAAAGCCGGCGUGACCUCGCUGAUGCAAUCUAUGGCUGUCGCGCUGGGGAAGUACGGGAUUAGAUGUAAUGCCCUCUUGCCGGGCACGAUUAGGACGCAGUUGAAUGAGAAGGAUUUGGUGGGCGAGAAGGAGAGGUAUAUGGAGGGGCGCAUUCCGUUGGGGAGGAUUGGGGAGACGAGUGAUAUGGUUGGGCCGGCGAUUUUUUUGGCCUGUGGGGAGUUGAGUGGAUUUGUGAAUGGGGCGCAGCUUUUGGUGGAUGGGGGGAUGUUUGUUAACCUGCAGUGAGGUGCUGGAAGUGGUUUGGAGAGGUGGAAGUUAACUACAGCUGCAGUGAGGUGCUGGAAUUGGUUCGGAGAGGUCGACGUUGACUACAUCUGCAGCGAGGGCAUGGUGAAUGCGUUCUGGGUAUAUAGUAGGUUGAUAAAUCGACAUAGGAACGUGGAAUGAAAGCGGAUAUAUAUCUCUUAUUUGCAUGCAAUAGCUAAGCUAUGAUUUAUGAGCUACGAAG